CAUGGCGGCGCCCGAGGAGCACGACGAAGUUGCUAGUGUCUCUCUCCAGCCGGCGGUGGAGGAGGAAGAAGCGAAAACGUUUAAAGACCUGGGUGUGACUGAUGUGCUGUGUGAAGCUUGUGACCAGCUGGGAUGGACCAAACCCACCAAGAUCCAGAUUGAAGCGAUUCCUUUGGCCUUACAAGGUCGUGAUAUCAUCGGGCUGGCAGAAACAGGCUCUGGAAAGACCGGGGCCUUUGCUCUGCCCAUCCUGAAUGCUCUGUUGGAUACACCUCAGCGCCUGUUUGCUCUGGUGCUCACCCCCACACGCGAGCUGGCUUUUCAGAUCUCAGAGCAGUUUGAGGCUCUGGGGUCGUCCAUCGGAGUGCAGUGUGCUGUGAUCGUUGGUGGCAUUGACUCCAUGUCCCAGUCCUUGGCGCUGGCAAAGAAGCCACACGUGGUGAUUGCAACUCCUGGUCGACUGAUUGACCACUUGGAAAAUACCAAAGGGUUUAAUCUGCGAGCGCUCAAGUACCUGGUCAUGGAUGAAGCAGACCGGAUAUUGAACAUGGACUUUGAGACAGAGGUGGACAAGAUCCUCAAAGUGAUUCCCCGGGAUCGGAAAACCUUCCUCUUCUCUGCUACCAUGACCAAGAAGGUACAAAAGCUACAGAGAGCGGCUCUGAAGAACCCUGUCAAGUGUGCUGUCUCCUCCAAAUACCAGACAGUAGAGAAGCUGCAGCAAUACUAUCUUUUCAUUCCCUCCAAGUUUAAGGAUACUUACCUGGUUUACAUUUUGAACGAGUUGGCUGGCAACUCCUUUAUGAUCUUCUGCAGUACCUGCAACAACACUCAAAGAACAGCCCUGAUGCUCAGGAACCUGGGGUUCACGGCCAUUCCAUUGCACGGACAGAUGAGCCAGAGCAAGCGCCUAGGGUCCCUUAAUAAGUUUAAAGCAAAGGAUCGUUCUAUUCUUCUUGCCACUGACGUUGCCAGCCGAGGGUUGGACAUCCCCCAUGUGGAUGUUGUUGUCAAUUUUGAUAUUCCCACCCAUUCCAAGGAUUACAUUCAUCGAGUAGGACGAACAGCUCGAGCGGGACGUUCCGGGAAGAGCAUUACCUUUGUCACACAGUACGAUGUGGAGCUCUUCCAGCGCAUCGAACACCUGAUUGGGAAGAAGCUGCCAGCCUUCCCCACACAGGACGACGAGGUCAUGAUGCUAACUGAGCGCGUGGCUGAGGCCCAGCGAUUUGCUCGCAUGGAGCUACGGGAGCAUGGGGAGAAGAAGAAGCGCCCCCGAGAAGAGGCAGGAGACAACGAUGACACAGAGGGUGCUCUGGGUGUCAGGAACAAGGUGCCCGGAGGCAAAAUGAAGAAGAAACGAAAAGGCCGUUAACUUCUGGAGACCUGGUGUCUGAGUGCUGCUUCGAGGAGGGGCCCUGAAUUUAAGGGCCUGAGAGGAGGGGGUGUUUGCUUAAGUGGCACUCACUGGACUUUUGGAACAUCCUUGGCUUUCCUCUGUGCCAUGAGGCCAUGCCCCAGGAUGUCGUUGAGACUGUUGGAGCUCCAGCUUUGGUUCCGGUGUAGCUCUUGGUCUCCUAUUACCUCCCACAGACCUUUUUCUGUUUCCAGUUGCACUUGGAGGACCCG